CUCGCAACGGUAUAAUACACAUUGAGGUCAUGGAGAAGACGCUCUUUCUGAUGCCAUUGAUGGUAAUGACGUGUGCGGUACAGAGCCAACAUGAUCAGACCAACUCAACAUGUUUGAAGACAGUAAUGGAAGAGAGAGUUAAUGAAAUGUAUGUCUCGUACAGGACAACGACCAAAGGCUGGAUCUGGUUUGUAAGGAAAACAGUUUACAGAUCAACAUUGACGUAUCGGACAAAUCGGUAUUACGAGACUGUUCAAGAGUGUUGCAAAGGAUACGUUAAUAUUACUGGAAAAUGUGAACUGGCCCCAUGUCGUCAAGACAAUUAUGGAGUAAACUGUACCAUGGACUGCCCCUGUGUACAGGGGAACUAUGACAUGUGUGACAUUAGCGGCACGUGCUUGUGUAAGCCAGGGUGGACAGGCAAAAAUUGCUCUCAAGUUUGUAAUGAAGGAAAAUACGGGGAGGAAUGUAUGCACAGUUGUUCAUGCGAAAACAAUGCAACCUGUGAUCACGUGACAGGAAUAUGUAACUGUUCAUCUGUUGAAGGAAACACGGGGACAUUUUGUGAUGAGGACUGCCCACCUAAUUUCUACGGCCGUAACUGCUCUUUCGCUUGCAACUGUUCUGAUGUUCAAAGUCCUUUCUGUGAUUCGGUGUCGGGUGCUUGUGUCUGUGAGAGUGGAAAAAAGGGAAGCAAUUGUUCUCAGGAUUGCAGCAGGUAUACCUUUGGGCCAAACUGUGGAAAAGAUUGUACUUGUGUGAUUGAGAAUUCACAGAGCUGUAACUCGUCAACAGGAGUGUGUUACUGCAAGCCAGGAUGGAGAGGGGAUAGCUGUCAAACAAGAUGUGAUCUGCUUCAUUACGGAGAUGGAUGUGCUAAAAACUGUUCUUGUAACGAAACAGAAGUGUGUGAUAAUGCGAAUGGAUCAUGUUCCCCAGCAAAUAUAUGCCUGGCUUCAAAUACACGAAAUUGCCUUUCUUCGUAUAACAUGACAUGUCAACAAGUGGCUGAAAAUUGUAACCAAAGCAACGAUCCUGAACCAUCCUUGAUCAAAGACAUGAAAGAUAUUUGCUGCAAUGGGGAACAAACACAAAUUGUUUGUAUAGCAAAACACGGUUGUUCAUGCAGGCAGCAGUAUGCUGGCCCAAUUUGUAAUAGUACAUUAGUUCCUUCAUCCGGUCAAAAAGACACUAUUGAAGAAAGUUCAGCCCUAGAGUCGUCCAUUGUAUCCACGGUUGUACCUGUGGUGGUGUCCUUUCUGGUGAUUCUUGGUAUUGCUUUGAUUGUUGUAGCGGUAAUAUGGCGGAAAAGAACUAGUAAAAUACCACAAAAUGCACACAAUCCAGGAUACGGAAAAGCUGAACCAUACAUCAUUCAAGAUAAACCAGAGUAUGCAGCAACACAUAGACUUGGACAAGAUAACUUAGAAAUGUACGACGCAAAUAUACAUGAUGUCAAUGAUUACGGAUAUGACGUCCAUAAUCGCGCUUUAAACUUCAAUCAAAAUGAAAACUAUGCGUCAACCACUAAUUUUGGAGAGGAAUAUGACCACCUUCAAAGAAAUAGUCACAGAGAAGAGGGACUUGACGAUGCAUAUUCUCAUCAACAUUUUCUGGAAAGCCAUGAUGAUUACUCUCAUGUCAGAACACAAAUCGUGGAAACAAACAAUGAAUAUGCAACAGCAAAAGAUUCAGCAUCUAAAGAUGAUAUAUACUGUAAUACCAAAAAUAGUUCCUCGCUGAGAAAUAGUUCUAGUGAUAUUUAAAACAACAAGUAUAUGUAAUGUGAUGUAUCACAGGAUGAAUGACCAUCUUUAAGUUCUCCUUAAAGAUAGCUUAAAGAUGCUUAAAGGUAGCUUAAAGACGAUCUUUAAGCCACCUUUAAGCUACCUUUAAGCUAUAUGUGUUGCUUAAAGAUGGCUUAAAGAAAGCGUAAAGAUGGCUUAAAGGCAGCUUAAAGACUAUCUUUAAGCCACCUUUAAGCCACCUUUAAGGACAACUUAUAGGUCCUUAAUGUCCAAACUUCUUUAAGCCACCUUUAAGCCACCUUUAAGCUAUCUUUAAGCCACCUUAUGCCAUUAAAAAUUUUUUUAUUUCAAUAUUGUGCUUAAUUUCCAACAAAAUGUAUUAACUUUAUGAAAGAAAAGGUAUUAAAACGGUUUUUGUUCUAGAAAGAAAAAUGAAAAAAAAAACACAAAAAAAAACCGGCCACGGCGAGAAUUGAACCCGGGACCCUUAGUGUACUAGCAUCACCACACUUCCUCUGCUCCACGGCAACUUACAUAUAUAUGAGCGUUUUUAUAUCCUUUAUAUCAGUGGAUAUUGAAUCACUGUAUUAAAUGUGUUUACUUGAAAAGAUUUUGACAAACCAUUCAGUUUGUAACAAUCAAUUAUAUCUAAUUUAUAAAUUACAUGCAUGCGUGUAUUUAGAAUGAAAUACGGAACUUGGUCUUCAGUGAACAGAAAUAUAUUAUACCUAAAUGGAAACCGUUAGGUUCACUAUAGAAGGCUUUCUUAGUUAAUAAAUUUAAACCGAGUAGAUAUGCGUUCAUCUAAUUUAUAGCUAUAAAUCUAUUAGGGUAUUUGUUCAAUUUCCCGCAAUAUCCCGGUUUUCAUGAUCGCGGCGCCGUUCCAAUAUGUUUAAAUAUUUACAUGUAAUUGUAUGUACAUGAUUUUUAAACUAUCAAUUCUAUAACAAACAAAAUUACCAAUUACCGGUGACGUAUUUACUGCAUGUGGCCAUUGCAAAUGACUUGUAUAUACAAUUGUAUGAUGUGCCAGGCCGGGUAUAUUUGACAUAUUUACCCUUAUACAUAUAUUUAAAUAAUCAACCCCUAUUUAUAACCACCGGUACAUUAAUUAAUUAGCCUCAAGAUUUUACUCUUACAUACAUGUAUCGUUAAUUUGUAGCCGUAACAUUUUUGAAACCCAGAGCUAGGAAAUAAUACUUUGAAAAUGAAUUACAAAUGUAAAUUAACUUUUAUUCACUUGACUUAUCGUAUACUCGUACAUACUAAGAUUCAACGCCUUUAGAAACCCUGACGUGCACCUGGGAACACGACACACCUGUUGUGUAUAUCUUGUAUAUUCUGUGUUAGUUCCAGGGGUUUUCUUAAGUUGGACAAACAAUAGACUUUAAUUAGAUAUACACAAACAUGCACCUGGGCACACGACACAACUGUUGUGUAUAUCUUGUAUAUUCUGUGUUAGUUCCAGCGGUUUUCUUAAGUUGGACAAACAAUAGACUCUAAUUAGAUAUACACAAACGAACAAAACUAUGUCUAGACAAACAAAGCAGUAAUAUCCUGCCCGAUAUAACAAAGGCAGUUGAGAGUCUUUUCAUCUUUAACAUGUAUCUAGCAGAUCUAGAAUUAGAAAUAAUGAAAAUUGAAAAAAAAAAAUACAAACCUUAAACCGAUUAUCAAAUUAAAUCAUGCAUUUUUGGUUCAUUAUCUUUAUUUUGUUUAAUAACCGGAGGAACAGAGAGAGAGAGAGAGAGAGAGAGAGAGAGAGAGAGAGAGAUUUUUUCCACCGAUUAAUUUAUAAUAGGAAACAAACAUACUUUAAUUAGUUUUUUGCACAUAUUAAGAUACAGAGACUGCGCUCAUCCCUACAAUAAUUUUGAAACCCCCAAAAAAUUAUAAAGAAUUUUAUAACGGCAAUCUGUGUCCAUCGGAGCGGUGCUGAUGAUAGCGAUCUGUGUUUAAUGGAGCGACGAUUAAAACCGCCUGGAACACCCCCCCCUUCCUUGGAAAUUAUAUUAUCACUCGGAUGACCCCCUCCCAUCUCUAUAAAAGAGCUUUUGCAUUUAAUAUAUGUUUUUAUUGUUCAGCUUGAUCAAUAUUGACUUAAAGGCCACUUAAAGACAGUGUAAAGGCAGUGUAAAGAGAGCGUAAAUGCCACUUAAAGAUGCUUAAAGAUGGCUUAAAGGUGGCUUAAAGGUGGCUUAAAGAAGUUUGGACAUUAAGGACCUAUAAGCACUUGCUUAAAGAUGACUUAAAGGCGGCUGAAAGGUUGUAUAGCCUUUAAGCUCCUUUAAGUCACCUUUAAGCCACCUUUAAGGACGUGCUUAAAGAUGGUUUUUCGCCCUGUGUAUACUUAAAAGGGAAAAAAAUGUUAGCCUACACAUCAUUGAUCUUGCAACGAAUGGGCAACUUUUGAUUUUGAACAUUAUCACCCCAUACCACCACAUUACAUAGUGCAUGAUCUAAAAAAAAAACUGAAAUUGCACUUACGUUUUUGGAAAAAGUCCAUUUUUGUGAAAUACAAGGUGUGCCAUGUGUCUAAUGUGCUAAAAAAAACCUUAUAGGACAUGUUGUGAUAAAGAGAAGUGUCCAAAAUCAAAAGUCCGCAGACAAAAUACAAAAUAGGACCACUGAAAAAAAUUAGAGUUAGAAUCGGGUGCUAUUGAGCAGUGAGCAUCCUCUGCUGACUGGUCACACCCGCCGUGUGCUCUUUGUCUUAUAUGAGAAAAACGGAAAAAUCUUACAUAAUAUUUAAAAAAUAAAAACAAUCAUGUUUUACAAAAAAAUAGUUUGCUCUCAUGAUAAUAUUCUUAAGAUUUUUCCCCCCAACAAUGUUUUUCUCUAAUUUAAAAAUUGACCAGUGAGUCAAUUUAAUAUUUGAUAAUUCAUAAUUUAGGUAAGCUGCAAUUACUUUUCUAUGUUAUUCUGAAGUAGCUAAGAGUUGCCUUUUUUCCAUAUCUAGUCUCCGUUACCAUGGUAACGGUAGCCUUAAGUAACAAUAUUACGCCAUCUUGCUACUUAUUACAUUAAUAUGUAUCAUUGCAGGCAAUAUAGAGAAAUCUGACACUUUGUCUGCCUGAACCUAUAAUUAUGUACAACUCUGAUUUUUACAUAGAAUUGAUCUUAAGAAGUUAUGUCAUAUUUGUCUCAAUAUACAUCUUUUUCAUUACGUGUGCAUGAGGUAUUUAUUUUUUUGUGUUUUUUAAAUGCUAGUUCUAAUGGGACAUGUAUUUUCAAAAGCGUGUAGCCAUUUACUUUAUGAUGUAUAGAAGCAACAAAUGAACCAUUAUCUACGACUUAAAACAACAAGUGUUGCAAAUUGUUGCUGGAUUUUAUUUUAUAAUUGCAAAAAACCAUUAUGUCUAUCUCUUUUCGUUUUUGUUCAAUAAAUAUUUUAUACAUUGAAAUUUAAGAAUCCUAAGACAAAUAUCUUGAAGUAACUCAUUCUCUUUGUCAAAUAUUUCUUAAAUAGUUGUCUCACAUUUUCAGCAAUAUCAUUUUUCAUUUGGUGCAUCUGCCCUCCCUGAUAGAAAUACACUGUACGAUGGCCACAACAGGACUGCUGACGUCAUAGCUUUGGACAAACAUGCACUAGUGUUGCAACGUUUUGAAAUGCAAUUAUCAGCAAUCAGCAAAUGCCAACAAAGUAAUAAACAAGCAGUACACAAAUGCAACAUACAGGUAUCAUUUCUGAACCUGCAUAUUCAUAUAACAUACAUAUAACGUAAUCAAUUUUAAUCAGCAGCAAUUAUAUGUCAAAAUGGAAGCAGUUCGAUAAGUGUAAGAAUAUGUGUUGUACUCUUCCAGAAUGUUAGGGUGCAUUU